GAAUCAUAAAACCUUUAUUGCAACUGAAAACUUUUGCAUAUGGUAUUUUCCUACAAUUUGGUUUUGAUAUAUAAAUGCCUGUAGAAUCGUUCAAACCAGCAGAAAACACUAGACUUUCAAACUGUAACAACCAUCAGCAGAAAUAAGCUACAAAAUGCGUGUAUUUUUGGUUUUGUGCUCCGUCGUCUCUGCGGCAUACGCUGCUAGUCUCGGCUACAAUUAUGGAAUCAACAAUGGUCCAGCGCUUGGUGGUAGUCUGAGCGGUGGUUUCAUUAGUGGUCCAAGUUAUGGUGGUCAAGCUCUAGGUGGUCCGAGUUAUGGUGGUCUAAGCUAUGGCGCACAAGCUCUUAGUGGUCCAAGCCACGGUGGACCUGCCGCUGCCGGUCCCAGCUUUGGCGGCUUUGCUCUUGCUGGCCCAAUCUACAGCGCUCCCGCUGCUGCUGCCGCUCCCGUUGAGGUUAACAAGGAGUUCUUCACCUACACAGCACCCGAACAUGAGUUCAGUGAUAUCGGUAAUUCCGGUGAUAUCAUUAAUACACUGAAGAAGAACUUGCGUGUUAUCUUCAUUAAGGGACCUGAAAACUCCGGACUCGAAAAUGCCGCCAUUCAAUUGGCUAAAUCGGCUGGCGAAGAACGCACUGCCAUCUAUGUACUCAGCAAACAAGCUGAUAUCGGCGAUUUGGCUAACAAACUACAGUCACUCAACCACCAAAGCGCCCACAAACCCGAAGUACACUUCGUCAAAUAUCGUACACCAGCCGAUGCUGAGAAUGCCAAGCAAGCUAUUCAGUCACAAUAUGAUGGUUUGGGUGGUAACACUAGCCGUUACAAUGGUGGUGUUGCACCAGUGUUGGACUUCGCCUCGAAGACAGCCGCACAGGUUGGUAGCGUAGAGAACACAUACUUGCCACCAAACAAAGUGGUGUAAAUAUUCGUGUUGACUAUUUGCCGUUUGGUUUGUUGAAUAUUAUUUAGUUCGUAAAGUUCCUGUUAAUUUGUUGUUAAAUCUAACUGAAUAUACAAAAAUAAAUGUUUAGCUUAAUAAGUCUCCUGUAA